GGCAGUACGUCACACGUUACUAGCCAAACGCGGCGGUGAUGAGAAAUUUGAAAUUUGCGGGCUAGCGAACUAGCUGUCUGCUAGCAUACUAUGUAUAACAAUCGUGUUUCUUUUUCCUGAAAACCAUGGCGUUGUAUCAUCAUGUAUUGCAACAGACAAACAGGCGGUUUGAAUCUCCUGCCAAGGUGUUUGCUAAGCUUAAGUCCAAAGUAGAGAGAGGGAUAUGCGCGAAGGAGGGGACUUUUACAAGCGACGAGCCGUUGUGUAACUUUAACGUUACCGAGAAACACGGAGCCGUUUUUAAGUCGCCCAAAAAGGGAACAGAGAGCACCUGGAUGGCCAAACAGCAUAAGGAGAAUCAGAGGUAUGGUUCUUCUCGCAAUCAGGCGCAGGCCUUGACUCUCUCUCCCAUAUCGAGUCCUCAGAAAAACGUCGGGUACUUGUAUUCAGACAUUAGCAGCGAUCAUGUGGAGGAAAUGCGUCCUGGGACAAUAACAGGACAUGGAUGCUCACCAAGAAAGAGGGCUUUUCUUGAGUCAACAGCUGUGUCUUACCCCUCCUCUCGGGACAACAGAAAGCAGAUCCACACAAAACCACCUCAGUUCAGAGACUCGGGGGGUUUUAAGGUGACCAGCAGGACUCCAGUAAAGAUACAGCCAGUAGAGCCUGACCAUACAAGCAGUGAAUUAGAGGAGGGGUGUGCUCCUCUUGACAAACCGAUGUCUCCAGUCAAUAUGUUGUCCCCCACAAGGAAGAGGUUGAAGAGAAAAUGGGAUCCUCAGGAGUUUAAUAAAGUCAACAGCAGUACAAAGGAUGUCCGCAAUGAAUCCAUAAGUCAGCCACAUCAAAGGAGAACCUCCAGUGCUCCCAUUGAGGAUAAAGGCACUUGCAUAGAGAACUUGGCUAAUUUAAGAGGAUUCUCUGCUGACCCGCUGACCAUCGCAAUGAAACGUUGUUAUGUUGCUGUGGAAGAGAUUCCUCCGAUGUCUCCAGCCAAGAUGUUUGCUUACAUGAAGGCGAGGGAAAUCAAAACAGAGCAGCACGAAGCUCCUAAAGUCAGCAGCAGCAGCUCAAGGGAUCCUCUUGGGGGUAUUUUUCAUCAGUCCAGAGACACGCCUCCCUUGAAAGCUCACAACAUGGGAGAGAUGGGGGGCUGCCAAGCAGACACAGAUCCUCCUGAGGAUGUCCUGAGCCCUGCCGUGUCGCCACAACCUAUUUUGCUGGAAGACCCGCUUGUGCUCAAUACGCCACGGAUCUCCAUACCGAAGAAACAAGAGGCUGUGUUCAAGCGAAAUAAAUGGCCCCAACGCACAAAAUUUCCAAGUGAAAGUGUAAUUUAUCUCAAAAAGUGGUUCCUGAGGAAGAAUAACCACGGCCUGUUUGUUGAUGGAACCCACCAGGCCGACAACAUACAAUGGCACAGUAACCUCAUUGUGGAAAGGGUUUCCAGUUCUGUGGUGAAGACGGUCUCGGGCGGGGUUUACGUCUUGGUUGGCAAGAUGAACAUGAGGGUUGACUCCGAUUUUCCCAAGUGGCUUUUGAAGAAAUUUGCUAAUGGUUUUCCUCCUGACUGGAAGGCACUUUAUGAGAGGUUUUUGUCAGAGCCAAGAGACGACCCCAGCAGAGAAACUGCGAGGAACAGCGAGGGGAGAAGUAGCAUAUCGAAGACAAAAUCUGAGAAACCCUCCAUCCAUUCUGUGAAGCAGCACAGGCAAAAGUCUUUGAAGACAUGUAAUUCCUGCCCACCUGCCUUGCCUUGUUCAAAAGUAUCCCGAAGUGGUCGCAUGAUCAAGCCACCUCUGGAGUAUUGGAAAGGAGGGAGAGUUAUUCUGGAUGCACACAUGAAUGUUACCAUCCAUGAAUGUUAUGAUACCUCCAUCUGCAUCCCGGUCACUACAACGGUGUCUAUGAGGUCAUCACAGAAACCUGCCAGUGUGUUCCUGCCCUGCAGUGAAGGCCUUCAACAAUGUGAGUCACCCAGGGACGUAGAGGCAUCAGUACCACUGAGGAGGGUCAAGGCUCCAGUCCGCAAAUGCAGCAGAGCCAACGUUGAGCCUGAAGAGAAGCCAUCCUAUUCACCUGAAGCUCUUGUAGAGACACUUAGCAGCCCCGAAGAGUGGUCUGGCAGACCAACAAGGUCCAGCCAAAGGCGUCUAGCUACAGAGCGAACGUUGUAUGUAGACACUGUCCCUCAAAAGCAAAGUAAACCCUUAAAGUCUUCAACAAGGAGGUCAAAACAACAGACGCAUGACAGCCCUGAAGAGUGGUCUGGCAGACCAACCAGGUCCAGCCGAAGGUUUCCAGCUACAGAGCGAACCUUGUAUGUGGACAAUGUCCCUCAAAAGCAAAGUGAAACUGAAAAGUCUUCAACAAGGAGGUCAAAACAACAGACACUAAACACCACAGGGACUUCACUGAGAGUCUUGGGCAGCAAACGGGCUGUCCAAGCAUCCACAGAUUCUGUUAAUGAUACAGAAUCGGCAUCAUCAGAUGAGCAGGUCAUUGGGAGAAAGAAGACGGGAAAAGAAGAGCAGAGGAGGAGAGGCAUGAGAGAUCUUCACAAGUCACGACCAAGCCACGUGUUUCCAUCAAGUGAUUCAACAAGCGCCUCUGAGGAGAGUGAAAAUGAAAUAAGGAAGAGAACCAGAGUAACACACAAAAAAUAUAAACAAAGCAAAUGCACCAAUUCAACAUCACCUACAAAGCCUUUGCCUAAAUUGACACAAUCCAGCAAGAAACCCAAGGCAAACCAAGGCAAUGCACCGAUUCCACAAGAGCAAGAUGCAGACGAGUGGACAGAGGCAGAGCUUAUGAAGCUAAAAGAUGCUGUGUCCUAUUAUCCUAAGGACUUGGCAGGUUACUGGGAAAAGGUGGCGAGGGUGGUUGGGACGCGUUCUGCAGAACAGUGCCACUCCCAGUACACAUCGCUGGGAACCUCCCAGACUCCGGCUAAGAGAGCCAAGAAACCCAAAAAGGAAAAGGUGGAGGCACCUAAAGAUCCAGUUACAGAUCAUCCGGUGAUAUCUGCCCGAGUGGGAACCUUAAAGAGAAAGCAACAGGUGCGUCAGUUUCUGGAUGCCAUGCCCAGAGAAGAUGUUGAGGACGUUUUCAACUCUGCGGCCAUGCAGAAUAAGCGCUUUGAGAUGCCCUCCAUAUGUCAGAGUGACCACGACUUCACGUUAUCAGACAUGGAGCCACUGACCCCCAUGUCAAAAGUUUUCCCUGACGUGAAGACUCCUCAGUGUCUGCAUAUCACUCCUGGCAUGAUGGGUUCUCCAAACAGGAACAAUGAUGACAAGUAUAUCUAUCAACUCCAGAAGAGGAUGAAAAAAAAUCAGUUUAAUGUCUGCAAACAGGCUCCUUCUUCAAAGAGCUUCACACCCACGCCAUCAACUAAACGAACAAUGAGAAGAUGUGGUAACACAGAAAAUGACACCUUUGUCGUUUGGGAGAUGUUCCCAGGAAACGAUGGCACGCUUUCUGAAAGUGAGGAAGAGGAUUUUUACUUCUCAGACAACGACUGACUGGAGCUCAUGUCUUUUUUAAAAACCAAAAUCAAAAUGUAUUCACAUUAAUUAAAAUCAAUGACAUAUAGAAGAGAUGGGACUUUUUUCUUGUUGAACUCAUCAAAUGUGAACAAUAAAACCUCUUUCACAUGUAA